GUAGUGGGACUGAACCCGAAACUGUGUGGUUGGGAAGCAAGCUUCUUACCACACAGCCACAGCUAUGUUAAAACAUGUAAAUUAAGACACAAAUAUAUGGGAUAUAAACAUUUAAUAAAGCAUGGAAUAUUAAAAGAUAGCUUGAUAAAUUUGUCUGUUACUAAAAGUUGCAGAAUAAAUUUUAACCUUCACCUCUAUUUACGACACUACUUGUUUUCGUACGAAUAAUGGCAGUUCAUUCGGAGGGAAACGAUGAAUUCCAACUUCUACCACCAACUGCUUUCGAGACAUUUUCUGUGGUUGGUGAUGCAAACAAACAACUCUUUGAAGUGAAGUCUGAAAUUGAAAUGUUGAAAAAGGAAAACAAAAAAUUGCGGCAGCAACAAAAAGCACAAAUAAGUGAUUCUAAGUUUGUUUCUCCAACUAGUGCUGUGUCUCCCAUGAUCACUUCUGACAACACCAAUUUCUUUCAACAAUCAUAUUUAGAAAACCUUCUUACACGUCAAGCGAGUGAGGUUUUUGACCUUAAACAGCAGAUGUGUCAGCUUACUACAGAUCACAGAUUGGCAAUGAAGUUGGCUGAGGAACAAAAGCAUUCAGAAAUUAAGGAAGUGAUGCAACAGCAGCAUAUAAUGAUGGAAGCAUUUAAACAUAAGCAUUAUAUUCAAAUUAAAGAAAUGAAAAAUGAAUAUGAACAGAAUGAUCAAGAAAAAGAUGCGUUAAUUCUAAACUUAAAAACAGAACUUAAGGAGAAAAAGAAUCUUUUUGAAAACCAGAUAAGAGUUCUUAGUUGUGAUACUGAUGUACAUAUAAAAAGUCAAGGUGAAACUAUUCACAUUCUUCAACAACAAUUAGAAACAGCUGAAAUUGAAAUUAAACAACUGAGUGAACAGUUAAAAAACGCAAAGGAUUCUUUUAAAGUUGAGAUUUUGCAGAAGGAUGAAGAUAUUUGUUUUAAAAGCAGGGAAAUCAAAAACUUAAAUCAGCAGAUACAACAGUUAAAGACAUAUAUUGGUGACACUGAGAAUGUGCCAAAAUCUAUAGAAAUAUUGGAAACAGAUAAAGAAGUGCUGCAAAGCAGAAUAAAAAUCCUUACAAAAGAGAAAGAGCAUUUACAAUCAAGCAAUGAUCUUUUGAAGAUUCAGUUAACAUCUAUUAAUGAAAUCUUAACUUUACAAGAAGCAGAACUAUCACAGUAUAAAGCUAAAUACCAUGAUAAUGAACAAGAUGAAAUUUUACUAAUUAAAAAAUGGAGAGAGAAGUUAUUUUCUGUUAUGGUCCAGCAUAGAUCAGCAGUAAUUCAACAAGAAAAUGAUAUUGUGAAGUGGAAAGAGAAGGUAUCCAAUAUACAAAAUAAAUUGAAUAUAUCAGAAAACCAGAUCCAAAUAUUUAAUCAUUCUUUGUCAAAUAAACAAGCAGAGCUUGACAUCACAAUCAAUGAAAGUAAGAAAAUUCAAGAUGAUCUCGCAAACGCUCAGGAAACACUCAACUCUCAAAAUACUUUCUUGCAAGACAAUCAGGAAAUAAUGAAGAACUUAAAGGAGUUUUGUUUAAGCUUGUCUGGAAAGUUUGAAGAAUUUUAUCAAAUGUUUGCCUCAGUGAAUAAGAAAUUGUCCUCAUAUGGACAGCGGGUUCAGUUUGCCAGCAGCAGAAUAUUGUUGAUAAAAGAUAUUAUGGCAAAACAGAAAUAUUUGUCAAAACUUCAACAACAAACAGAGCUGCAAGAAGGUAAAUACAGUGAAACAUCACCAGAGAAUUCAGUAACUUCUGAGAAAUGUGUUGAAAGUUUAGAAAGUACUCCUGAACACAUAAUUGUGGAGUUGCAACAAUUGCAGAAAGAACGGGAUUUGCUGUCUUCACAGCUUUCUGACCUCACUGCUGGAGUUGAAGAGAGAAUGCAAGCAGAAAAAACAAAAUAUGAAUUGCAAGUCUCUCAUCUGAAAGAAGAACUCCAUAAGAGUAGUAUAUCUUUCCAGGAAACAUCCAAAAAAUUGGGAAAUGUCUCUAAUCAAUUAUUUGAACUACAGACUUGUUUGGAAGAAAAAAAACAAAAGAUAGAGAUUUUGGAAGGAGAGUUAAAUAACCAAAAAUCGGAAUCUAAAGAAGCUUUGCGAAACCAAGAAAGGGUUCAUGAUGAAAUAUUGGUAAAGCAGGUCUCUGAAAUGGAUGAGAAAUUGAAUGAAGCUCGAAGAGAACAUAUGAAAGCAGUAAUCUCACUGCAGCAGAAAGACAGACAGCUUGACAGAGAAAAGGGGCAGUUAGGGCAGCAAAUGGAAAAACUCGAGGCUCAUCUCAAGUAUCAAGUUACAGAAUUAGAAAAAGAACUGCAAACAGUGAAGUCAGAAAGAAAUCUAAUUAUGGCUACACUUAGACAAGAAGGUCUUAUUGGUAAAAUAAGACUUGACAGAAAACAACCCGUGGACAAUAACAAUACGUCUGAUAGAAAUCAAGCUGAAUCUGAGAGCAAUAGAGAAGUAAUUGAUAGCUGUCAAGUUCAAACAAAGAAUACUUUGCCUGAAAGUUCACACAGAAAAGUUGAAUCUCUUCAGGAACUUUUCAAUGACAUCAACGCUAUAGCAAAGUCGGUAUAUGAAGAGGAUUCCUCUGAUGAACUGUCUUCAAACUAAAUUUCUUUUAUGUAUACAAACUGAAAAAGAAACAAAAUAUCCUUAUUUAAACUGAAGAAACAAUUAUGAUUUCUUGUUUCUUUGAUGGCAUCCCCCAAUUUUCUAAUUAAUAUUUCUUAUAAAUUUUGCUAAUUAAUUCUUUUCCUGAGCUAAUUAAAAUUCUCUCUGUUAUGUUAA